AUGAGGCUGGUUCAGCGCGUCGGGGUUGCUGUUGCGGAGGCGAUCCGGGACAGCGGCUGCACGGCGAGGGAGUGCGUGCAGCGCAGCAUCGAGGCCAAGCUGCAGCAGGACGAAGGGCGCCUGCGCGCGCUCAGCGGCGAGCUGGCGCCGGGCUCGCUCCAGCAGCUGUGGAGCCGGGGGCGCCACUGGGAGACGACCCGCAGCGCCCGCCG